GGAAUUGGAAUUAUAGUAUCAAUUAUAUCUUCAGUUGUUUCAAUGAAUUAGCCAGCUGGAAUGUUCAGUCUCGUCAACCAAUUCCAACUCUACAUUUUGUUGCCAAUGCUUCCUAUAUCGUUUCCAUCCAAAGUUGCUCAGUUCAUCCUUGGCACUGACUUCUCAUUUGUGUCUUUCGACUUCAUUCCAGUCGGAGACAUCCCACUUGUCGAACAAGUCAAAGAAGCCGUCGACUACCCGCAGGGAGACGCCUACCUCGACGAAGUAGGCCUGACUUCGAACAGUUCGCUGGCGGACUAUCUACCCAUGAUGAUGGUCAUUGUGUUGGUGUCGCUGUUGCACCUCGGAGUGCUUCUCGUCCAUCUCUCGUGUGCCUACCAAUCCAAACACAAGCGGUGCAAAGCAUUGGCUGCGAAGCUGUUCGAGGCGAUGACCUUCGGGUUCUACAUCAGACUGGUCAUGGAGUACUUUAUGUUUCAGAUGCUGUCCAUUGUGUGCGAACUCAAAGCUUUCAAGCACGACCCCACAGUUGCCACGGUGUCUCUGGUUCUGUGUUUGCUCUUUGGCGUCUGCAUGUUCGUCUUCAUUUCACUGGUGGUUUGGUCUUAUAUUGCUGGGUGAAAGAACCCUGGCUCUGAGUUUCACACACAUUUGACAACCUCAGAGUUGUAUUCAGGAAUCAAACAUCACACACUUUGCAAAGCCAACUCUUUGUGCUUUCUGGCUGUGAGAUUGGCUUCGAUAUUGGUUAUCGUAUUAAUGCAAACAUCAGCUGAAACUGAUGCAGAAGGUCAAACUCAGAAUGUGACAUCACUCUAUUACAUUAAACUGGCACUGAUGCUUGUUGUCCAUGUAAUGUUGUCGGUGUUUGUGUUUGUCUGAAGGCCUUACGACUCCACUGCUAACAACAUCGUCGAAUCGAUCCACCAACUGAACUACAUGUGAGCGCUAGUUCCUUUGUUGUUUCUGCACUUUCAGUCAGACUGGUUGGAUUCAGAAGCCAACUUGUACAUUUAUUUGUUGCUGCUCGGGCCAACCGCAGGAGUAAUGGUCAAUGUGUUUUCCUUGGUGACUGCUUUGCUGAAGAAGUGAGCGAGUAAAGCCUCAAAGUCAAAGGGAAGGAUCAAGAAUCUCAGAAAACCCACUACAAUUCAGCCAAAGGGAUGCCAGUUUACAAUACCCUGUAAAAUGACUCAAAAGCCCAGAUGAAUGAAGAAGGCAAAGUCAAUAACAAAAUGCAGAAGAGAAACUUUGCCUUAGGGCGACCUUAACAUCGAAUGAAAUAAAUUCUUCGAUCUCAAAUGGUAAAC